AUGGCCGCCACGGGACGGAAGCACCUGGUAAAAGAUUUCAACCAUUUCAUCACUUGCUACCUGUGCCGAGGUUACCUGAUCAAACCGACCACAGUCACCGAGUGCCUGCACACCUUCUGCAAGAGCUGCAUCGUGCAGCACUUUGAGGAGAGCAAUGACUGUCCUAAAUGUGGCAUCCAGGUCCAUGAGACCAACCCGCUGGAGAUGCUGAGGCUGGACAACACCCUGGAGGAGAUCAUCUUCAAGCUGGUGCCUGGACUCAGAGAAAAAGAGGAACAGCAAGAACUGGAGUUCUGGAAGAAGAACCAGCCGAAGGAGAACGGCCAAGAGAGCCUGCGGUGUCUUCCUGACGGCGGCGCCUCUGGCGCCGAUGACGAUGGUGAGGGCGGUGAAGAUGGAGACUACCACAGGAGCGACCCUCAGAUCGCCAUCUGCCUGGACUGCCUGCACAGCGGGCAGUCCGGGGAGAGCAGCGUGACGGACCUGAUGAAGAGGUUCAUCCGCUGCUCUAGCCGGGUCACUGUGGGAACCAUCAAGAAGUUCCUCAGUCUCAAACUCAAGCUGCCGAGCUCUUAUGAGCUGGAUGUGCUCUGCAACGGAGAAAUCAUGGGCAGAGAUCACACCCUAGAGUUCAUCUACAUGACCCGGUGGCGGCUGCAUGGAGAGAACACGUAUCCGAUGGUUCUGGAGUACCGGCCGCGGAUCGACUUCGGCUGAGCAGCAGGACCACAAACACGCAUCCGUACAACACUGACACAGACACGCCUAAAAGUGCAGAUAAAGAGAGAUUUAGAUGUAUUUUUGUACAGCCAAUGAUGAAGUGCUUCUGUUGUUGUGUUGAAAAGCCUUUAUGCUACAUAGAAUAAUAUAUGCUAUAAUAUAUGCUAUUUUUAAAUGUACGUCCCUGUGCCUAAAAUCCUGUUUUGAACGAUCAUAUCUCCAGUUUGCCUGUCUAACUAACUGUAGAUUAAAUGUUGAUUUUCUACUG